AUGCUGUCUGUUUUAGACACGCAGAGUGGCCAGUCGUGCUGGCUCACCCCAUUUGGUACCGUGGACUGGAAUCCAUGCUUUCGAGCUGAAAUCUUGAACGGUGUCGUGCCGCUCGCCAUCCUCACCGCCUCUGGUGCCUGGUGGUUCGUGAGCAGCGCAGUAGAUAAGAAGAAGCGCCAAGAAGAACUCGCUCGUGAAGUCGCAAACCUCAACCCGGAAUCCUCCAACUUUUACCAUCCGACUGAGCGCGCAACAGAAGAGACGCCGCUCGCGCCGCAGCCGCCCAAGCCCAACGCAGCACAGCGCGUUUUUCAGACAGAGAAUGCCGUGCUCAUUGAUGCUGCUCUUGCCAUCAAAGAGACAUUCCGCGACGCAGAAGUCAAGGAGAAUUGCCAGCGUGUGCAACACGUCAAGUCGCUCGUCGAACUUGCCGCUGCAGCAUUGAUUUGCAUCACGCACGUCGCCGGCAGCGCACUUUCCGCAGAAUGGGAGGCUCGCUGGAUCGUGUUUUGGGUGUAUGCCACCGCACUUAGCGCGACUGCCUUAUGGAAGCACAAACCGUUGAUUGCGCAAAAGGUGCUGCUUUCUUCGGUCUAUUUGGUCGUGAUUGUGUCGAAUCUGCGCACCAGUUUCCUAGCGCCGACGUCACAGGCAGUGCGUGUGGUCACGGCAGUCCAGACGGCACUUGCUGUGACUAUAUUUACAGCGAUUGUUACUACACCGGUGACACAUCCACUGCCGUCGAAGCUGACAGCACUGUACAACACAAUGCACAAGCAAACGCACUACGAGGACCUCCGCACGGCGAUGCCUACGCCGCCGCACGAACAUGAGGAAGAGACACUCGCCGCAAGCUAUUCGAAGGAUACACAACCGCUCCAUACGCCGCCCGAGCAGUACGCUACACUCUUCGGUCGUGCCCUAUUUACUUUUGUGCAACCGAUUAUCUUGAAGUACUAUCGCACCCCAAUUACUUUGCCAGAUGUGCCCCAGAUUAUGGCAGGCGACCGCGCCGCAGCAGUCACUGCCCUGUUCCGCACGAACCAAUGCGCAGACAUCGGUACAGAUGCCAAGUACGUUCCGCUUUGGCGCCGCCUCAUUCAAUUCUUUGCACCGAUGCUCGUUUACCAGGGCAUGUGCGGGCUGGUGGCCACGGUGCUGACUCUGCUUCCGAUCGUAUUCCUCUCUCGCCUGCUCAACUUCUUUACGCUGCAGGCCGAGGGAGGAGCGGCCGCGCCACCGCUGCACAUGGGUGUCCUCUACGCUUCGGGCAUGUUUUUCAGCCAGGUGUUCUUCUCUAUCGUCCAGUCACAGGGUCUCAUGACCGGCCGCCAUGUCUGCUCGCAGAUCCGGUCGAUUCUUACCUUUGAGAUUCUCAGCAAGACGAUGCGCCGAAGCAUUAGUGCAAAGAAGGGGUCUUCGGACGAGGAUGCAGAAGACAGCAAGGAGAAGGGAGACGACGAGGAAGAACAGGGGGCCGCAACAGAUGGCCAGGUCACCAACCUUGUGUCGGUCGACGUUAGCCAAGUUGCCGAGUUCUCGUCCUACAUUCACCAACUCUUCCCGCAAGAGCCCUUGUCGGUCGUGCUGGGCAUUGUUUAUCUGAUCAAUCUCCUUGGCAUGUCGGCGGCCGUUGGCCUAAUCCUCCUUGUGCUUACUAUCCCGUUGCAGUCAUACCUGAUCCGCUUGUCGACCGAGGUCUCGGAGCGGAUGCUAAAGGCGACCGAUGCGCGUCUCGACCUCGCGGGCGAAGUCCUUGCUUGUAUCAAAACGGUCAAGUUCUUUGCUUGGGAGAAGCCAUUUGAGGUGCGCAUGGCCGAAACGCGUCGGAAAGAGCUCAAUCUGCUGCGCUUCAGCAAUAUCCUCCAGCUCUUUAUCUCUCUGACAUUUGUGGGCACGCCCAUGCUCGUAACGAUGGCGACGUUUGGAGUGCACACGCUUGUGUUUAAGAAGGCGCUCACGGCAGAGACCGCUUUUACGGCGCUGGCCCUGUUCAAUACGCUCCGUGCACCGCUCACGGGAUUGCCGGGUAUGAUCCACUGGAUGCUGGGAGCGAUUGUGUCGGUGCGCCGUGUGGACAAGUACAUGCAACAGCCGGAUACGACCAAGUACGAGCAGCUGCUCAACCCGAGCUCGGAGGCGGACCACUUUUCGGGAGGACCCGAUGCAAUCGGCUUUAAGAAUGCCACCUUUACCUAUGCAUCUGAGCAGGAUACGGAGGAACAGUUCAAGCUGCGUGAUAUUACUUGCUCAUUCCCUACGGGUGAGAUCAGUCUUGUGGUCGGCCCUGUGGGCUCUGGCAAGACGUCAAUUUUACUGGCCCUCAUGGGUGAGCUCCGUCGGGUGAAGGGGGAGACGGUCAUGCCAUGGCCCAUUGCGCGCUCGAUGGUGCAACCAGACCCGCAUACGCACCUGGCAGAGUCGGCGGCGUACUGCCCCCAGAGCGCCUGGCUCCUCGGCACAACCGUUCGCGAGAACAUUUUGUUUGGUGCCAAGUAUGACGAAAGUCGCUACCGUGAGGUGCUCAAGGCCUGCGCACUUGAGCCGGACCUUGAUAUCUUGGAGUUCCACGACGAGACCGAGGUGGGUGAGAAGGGCACGUCGCUCUCGGGCGGCCAGAAAGCGCGCAUCUCCCUGGCGCGUGCCUUUUACUCGAACGCUAAGUACAUCCUGAUUGACGAUGCCUUGUCCGCUGUUGACGCUCACACUGCCCGACACCUGUGCGAAAAGUGUUUCCGCGGUCCACUGGCUAAGGGUCGCACUAUUGUACUCGUGACACACGCAGUCACACUCAUGCUCCCCAACUCUGCCUACGUUGCGGUGAUGGACGGUGGUCGCAUUUCGGCGCAGGGCAAGCCUUCAGUGCUGCUGGCCCAAGGUCAGAUUCGCGAGAUGACGUCCACCAAGAGUCUAGGCGAAGAAGCCCACGAAGACGAGCAGGUGCAGGUCGAAGAAGACGAGGCAUUAAAGACGCAGCGAUGGGAAAAGGCGCUGGAGAGUCGCAAGCGGAAGGAGAAUGCAGACAAGAACGAAGAGAAAAUCUCGCGUGAGCAAUCGAGUCUUUCGCUUUACAAGCUGUAUAUGGGCUCGGUCGCGUCGUCUGGCAGGGUUGCCGUCAUCAUCUGGGUUACAAUCGUCUCAAUGUACGUCACUAUUCGCGCCAUGGAGAUCGGAAGCGGUGCCUGGCUUCGUGACUGGGCGCGGUCCUACGAUAGUACGACCGCGGCAGUGACCUUACUCCGCGAAGACAACACGGUGUACUAUCUGAAAGGGUACGCCUUGAUUUUUGUUGCUUUUAUGCUCAUGAGUUUUGUCUGCUACUAUGUGCAGUACCAGGCAUCGCUGUGGUCCUCGACACGUUUGUACAACCGCCUGAUUCGCGCGCUACUCCUUGCCAAGCCGCAAUUUUACGACAAAACGCCGAUUGGGCGUAUCACCAAUCGACUCGCGCGCGACACAGAGGAGCUUGAUCGCGAGCUCUCCUUUGUGCUGCUCGCCGUGUUGGAGUACUCGAUCUCGCUCGUGUCCAUCAUCGGUGUCAUUUGCUGGGCAACGCCCAAGUUCUUCUUCCUACUUGGUUUUGUGCUGGCCAUGUACUAUGCUAUCGGAACGCUCUAUCUCUCUUCCUCACGCGUUGUAAAGCGAAUUGAGAGUGUGCAGCGUUCGCCGCUCUAUACACUCGUCGGUGAGACCAUUUCGGGCAUGGUUACGAUUCGCGCGUACAGCGAUGGCGAGCGCGUGAUGCGCCAGUGCCUCAGCCUCAUUGACAAGUGGAACCGCGCCUUUUUGCUUCUCUGGUACGAGAACCGCUGGCUGAGUAUUUACUGCGACUUGUCCGGCGCCUUGGUCACCUUUAGCGCCUCGCUGUUCUUACUUUUGAGCGCUUCGGAUGCGGCAUUGGCUGGCUUCACCCUGUCGUAUGCCAUCACCCUGGUCGAAGUCGUGCUCUGGCUCGUGCGCCUGUACGCCAACGUCGAAAUCAGCCUGAACUCGGUCGAGCGCAUUGGCGAGUACAUCGACAUCCCGUCUGAGAACCGUGGUGGCGUCGCGCCCCCGGCGCAUUGGCCGACCGACACGGGUGCGAUUGAGAUUAAGGAGCUGUCUGUUCGCUACGGCCCUGAAUUCCCGCUGGCCCUGACCAAGGUUGCGUUCAGUAUUACCCCUGGCGAGAAGGUCGGUAUUGUCGGCCGUACCGGCAGCGGCAAGUCGACGCUAUCGCUCGCCUUUUUCCGCUUCCUCGAAGCCGAGUCGGGCUCGAUCGUGAUCGACGGUAUUGACAUCUCCACGAUUACAUUGGAAGCGCUGCGCAGCCGCCUGACCAUCAUCCCCCAGGACUCGCAGCUGUUCAAAGGAACGGUCCGCUCGAACCUCGAUCCUUUCGGAGCGUGUGAGGAUGCCGAGAUGUGGUUUGCUCUGCAGCGCUGCCAGCUCGCAUCCGGUACGCUGGAUGGUAGCUUUAUGCCGAGUGAGACGAGUGUCGUCAAGUCGCUUGACGACGAGGUCGACCAGGGCGGUGCCAACUUUAGCGCCGGUCAACGCCAGCUUCUCUCGCUCGCCCGCGGCCUGCUCAAGAUGCGCAACAGCCGUAUCCUCAUUCUCGACGAAAGCACCGCAAAUCUCGACUCAGAGUCCGAUACACUCAUCCAGCGCACUAUCCGUGAGCAAAUGGCGCCUGGCGCGACGAUUCUCACGGUCGCCCACCGCCUCAAGACCAUUAUUGACUAUGACAAGGUCCUUGUCUUGGACAAGGGCUACGUUGUCGAGUACGACUCGCCUAAUAACUUGCUCAAGAAGAACGACUCGUCCUUCUUCCAGCUCUGCUCGCAAAGCGGCGACUUGGAAGAACUUGUACAGCUCGCCGAAGCGGCGAGCGCCUCACGCGCAUUGUAG